GUCGGAAGGCGAAGCGACAUACUCAAAAUCGAAGCGGCUACUUCCGAUUAUGAUGGGAAUUCGUCGUUGAAUCUCACGGCGGAGGCCUUUCAUCUUCUCCGCUGUGGUUUCCGAUCAACGCCUAGGGUUUAACUCUGUAAAUAUUGUACAAAUGUCUCUUAUACCUGUCAAUUAAUUGGAUGUAUCAAUUGCCAUUUCAAAUUUCAUCGAUUUCUUCAAAACUUGUGGACUUAGGGCUUGGUGUCUCUUCUGGAAGUUUUGGACAGUUCUUCAUCAGGUAUCUCUCUGAGUUUUCCAUUCUUUUGCGCCAAAUUUGGACUCCUCAACUUUAGCUGCAUGUGUCAAUUUUUUAUUCGCUUGCGAUUUGAAGAUAUUGACAAUGUACAGAGAUUUAAGCGAUUUGUCUAUUGUUACUUUUGGAAAAGAAAUGUUGCUUAGAACCUACUGUUUUUAUCAGUUCAAAGAAUUUGAAACUUGAAAUUGGAUGGUUUGGCCCUUGAAAUGAGUGAUCCUUAUCCUUUUCACCAAGUUACUCCUCCAGACCAUGAGGCUCGUGGCGUUUGGCCGCCAUUGCCUCCUCGAUAUACUGUUGGUCGAUUCCCAUCAUUUUAUCGGCCUACGAUGUCGGAAGUUGUACCGAGUAGGGUAAUGCCUUCAAAUUUUGAGAUUCCACAAUGGAACAAUGUGAACAUUGGAUUACAUGACAAUGAGUUGGAGUGGAGAUAUGCACUUGCUUCUAAUGAUCAUACUCGUGGAUGGUUACCUUCUUGGCGAGGAAUUGAUUUCCAUGAAAAUCGAUUACCUGAGUGUCCGAUUCUUAACAAUCGGACUGGAAUGUCGACUGAAAUGAAAGUUUGCAGACAAUUCCAACGUAGGGGGAAAUGUGCAUAUGGUGAUCAGUGUCGUUUCCUUCAUAAAAUUCCUGAGAACACUAAGGAUUUUGGCUUCUCCACCCAGAACCAUGAGGUUAGAGCAGUAGCUUCUGGUCAUGUUAUGGAUGGAAAAAGUAUGUUUGAUCAAUUUGAAGAAGUCAGAUCAAAAGUACAAACGAAAAUUGUUGCCCGCAGUGAGAUUCCAAUGCCUGUAAAUUGCAAAACAAGGCUCUGUUACCUCUGGCAGACAACUGGUCACUGCUCAUAUGGGGAGGUUUGUCGCUUCGCUCAUGGAGAAGCAGAAUUACAGAAGCUCGAGUCGUGCAGUGCAUCGGAACGUGGCAGAGUAGGUGGAGCCUCUGCAACAACUAAAGCUGCUGCCGCAGCUGGAUUAAGGUGCAGCAGAGGAAUUGGAACCGACUGUAAGAAUAAAGGAUCAUCAAGAAUGAAGCAACUCUUUAAAUCAAAGGAGCAUAAGAAGUUGAUUGGCAUUUACGCUGACUGGCUUGAGAAUUGAGUAUUCUGCAUGACUUGCAGUACAAAGAUUUGACCAAAUACUACUGGGGCGUGUUCCAAUUCUCACAAGUGGCUGAGAACAUUAAGGUUCUUCUAGAACCCCCUAAGUGCAUUUUGACAUUUAAAUGAAUAUAGGAAAAUAGAUAUUGUUCUUAACAAGAAUAUGAUUUUUUUUUUUUUUUUCUCUUCAUUCACAACUUUGGAAUAUAGAUAUAUGGUAUUGCAUCUCUCAAACUGACAGAGAUGGAAAUAGAAGUAGAAGUAUGAAGAUUUGAAGUCUUAUGUCUAAAUGAAAAUUGUUUCGUUCAUAAA